UCGGCAUGAGUCACACAUGCCCUCUCCACUCUGGUGUUUGUCUGCCACAAGUCCACACACAGCCCCUCAAGUUAACACCAGAGGCUCUGGACAGCCAUGGCAGAGACAAUGAGACAGUCUCUACUAGGGAUUUAUACUUUCCAUCAGCUAACACUCAAAAAAGACAUGAAAGCUUGAGUUGUGCGAGGAGAGAGACUAUAUGAAACAGACUCCUCUGGCAAUAACUUUUCUUAGACUGGUGAUUUGUGGUCUGUAAUGCUCGGCCGAGGACAUUAAAUGAUCCCUAUUUAGAAACAGCAGAAGAACAGUAUCUCAGAGAAUGUGGAGCAACCAAGUUGUGGAGCAGACCGAAUUCCGUGAAAUGAGAAAGGAGGCAGCGACACAGACAGAGGCCAUUCACAUCUCCCAGGCUCCAAAAGCGAUAAAGGAAAAAAUGUGCGGCCUCAUUGUGGAUCCCCAGCCCCAGAGAGCGGCGGGGGGGAGGCAGAGGGCACAGCGCUAGCAGGGCCAUGAACGUCACCGGGUACCAGCAGCAGCAGGGGGGUUUUCGGACAUGCCGAGGCACACUCAGGGAGAGGGAUCCUAGGCAGGGUGUGGGCAUGGAGACAGCCUGCUGCCUGGCCCCUGGAGCCCUGCGCAGACUGAUUGAGCUGCCGUCUCCCCCGCUCAACCGCCACCAGCUGAAGAGACUGGAGGAACACAGGUACAGCAGUGCAGGUCGCUCCCUGCUGGAGCCCCUGAUGCAGCGCUACUGGGAGUGGCUGGUGGGCCGCGUGCCAGCCUGGAUCGCCCCCAACCUCAUCACCAUCGUGGGCCUGGCCACCAACGUAUUCACCACCCUGGUGCUGGUCUACUACUGCCCCACCGCCACUGAGCAGGCACCUCUGUGGGCAUACCUUCUGUGUGCUGUGGGUCUGUUUGUGUACCAGUCAUUGGAUGCCAUUGACGGGAAGCAGGCCAGACGAACCAAUAGUAGCUCUCCACUGGGCGAACUGUUUGACCACGGCUGUGACUCCCUCUCCACAGUGUUUGUGGUCCUGGGCACCAGUAUAGCAGUGCAGCUGGGCACCAACCCUGACUGGAUGUUCUUCUGCUGUUUCGCUGGCAUGUUCAUGUUCUACUGUGCCCACUGGCAGACCUACGUCUCUGGCACCCUGCGCUUUGGCAUCAUUGAUGUGACUGAGGUGCAAAUCUUCAUUAUAAUCAUGUAUUUGCUGGCCGCUGUGGGAGGAUCCGCUUUCUGGCAGUCACUGAUCCCAGUCAUAAACAUCCAGAUGAAAAUAGUUCCAGCCAUCUGCACUUUCCUAGGCGCCAUCUUUUCCUGUACUAAUUACUUCCGGGUUAUAUUUACCGGAGGUAAGGGCAAAAAUGGAUCCACAAUAGCAGGAACCAGUGUCCUAUCUCCUGUGUUACAUAUAGGCUCAGUAAUAAUACUGGCCAUGAUGAUCUAUAAGAAGUCAGCUAUCCAGUUGUUUGAGAAGCACCCCUGUGUUUAUAUCCUGGCCUUUGGCUUCGUGUCGGCCAAGAUCACCAACAAAUUAGUUGUUGCACAUAUGACAAAGAGUGAGAUGCAUCUCCAUGAUAUAGCAUUCCUGGGGCCAGGCCUGCUGUUCCUGGACCAGUAUUUCAACAGUUUUAUUGAUGAAUACCUGGUGCUGUGGAUUGCGCUGAUCCUGUCUUUCGUUGACUUGGUGCGUUACUGUGUCAGUGUUUGCAACCAGAUCGCCUCCCAUCUUCACAUCUUUGUCUUCCGAAUCAAGCCACUGACCCCCUCCACCCUUCAGUGAGGGCACGGAUGCCAUUAAUGUCUAUCGCUCUUUCUUUCUCUCUCUCUUCAUGUUAGUUAGUAUGUUGUUGCUCUUUCACCAUUUUUUGUAUUUGUUGAGGCAGGGUAGGGGUGGAUGUGUGUGGAGCUAUUACCAGUAGAGGUGGUGAAUGUGGGCAUAAAUGAAAUAUAAUGAGUUAAUAAUAAUGAUGAUGAUGAUAAUAAUAAUAAGUUAUUGUCCAUUGUUGCUUUCUGCAAUUUGUGUUGAUUUCAUCUUGUUACAGUAAUCAGAUUCCUGGACAAAAAUAAUGCUUUCUCUUUUUCUGAAAUGAAUAGUCACAUUGGACAUGUACUGAAUGCUCUUCUCUGUGUCAGAGAGGGUAAGUAAGUGCAAGAAGACUGCAAGGGGCUUGAAAAGGUGCUACCUUAUUCAUUUAAUAAUGAUCAUUAUUAUUUUCUUAUUGAACUUUAAAACAAACAUUUCAAGUAUUGACAGUGUGUUUGUUGGUUAGUUGUUCUCUGCAAGGAAAUGUAUAGCAUCGAAAGAGAUUUAAACAGGUUGUCAGUCUGCUUUCA